AUGGAGUCCUCGACUGCUGCGGCCGCGCCCACCACCUGUGUCUACGUUCUUUCUGAUGUCGACGGCUACAAGUACAAGCUCGUUAUGCAAGGCGAUGUCCAGCUUCUCACUGUGCGCAAGGUGAAGCGGUAUCUCCAGCGAGCCGCAGGAAUCAAUCCUGCGCAGCAGCUGCUCACUUUCAACAGCGUGGCACUCCACGACACGAUGAGUGGAAAAGAUGCCGGCUUCUUCGACGGAGCCAUUCUGCGGCUGCAGCAGGUAUCGUCGUCCUCUGCAGCACUGGCGAAAUGCAUCUCUGCAUGCGGAGCAUCGCCCUUCCACAGUUCACACGGAGUACCAGGCUGUGCCAGCUUGCUCACUGCUCCUCCUCGUGGUGCACAGGACCCAGACACUCGCACCUCCCCGCGAAGAGACGGUUCUUUUUUCGCUGAAACAUCGCCACGACUGUCCGCGCCGGCGGCAAGAGGGGUCGUCGGGGUUCCGCAGCUGAUCGGCAGCCCUCGCGCUUUGCCGCCGCCGCUGCGGCGCCUAUCACCGAACCAAUUAACAGGUGGUGCCGAGCGAGAGGUGUACGAUGCCGCUUCGUGCCCGAGCAGGGACGUGGUAGCAGGCAUGGCUUACUCCUCUCCCCUAGAGCUCACAGGUGCAAGUAGCGCUACGGCCAGCACACCGCAAGCUAUUCCAGGGGGGACGUCGUCUGCCCCAAACGCACAUGGCGACGGCGUCCAGGCGUACUGCCGCGAGCUGGAAGAGAAAGUGGCGGCUCUUUCUAUCGACAACGUACGGCUUCGUGAGCAACUCCAAGUGGUGGCCCGGCAGGCGGCUGAGGCGUGCCCGGAUUGGAGGCACGAGGAGGAGGUGAAACGACUGAAGGCGGCCGUUGCAUUGGCGCAAGAGAGCGUCAGGGAUGCAGAGAGGGCUGCGGCAGAUCGGUGGCGCGUCAAGGAGGAGGAACUUGUCAAGGAGCUGGAUCUGCUGCGAGAGGAGCGACGGCGGUUUCAGGAGGAAUCCACCGCGCAGGAAGCGAAGCUGCAGGAGCUGGUGCACUCGAUGGAGGGUGAGAUUCGGGGCCUAAAGUACGAGCUUCACGAUAAGGAUGAAGCUUUACAGGCGGCCCGGCUCUCACUGGCCGAAGUGCAAAGUGAGAAAUGCUCGUGGACAGACGUGGCGCGUCGCGGUGUCGACAUUUGCCCGCCUGGCGAAGCCAGCCACCCAUUUGCGCCAGCUGGACCUCGCCAUACGCGAAUUCCGCAGGACCAGCCCCAGCAUGGCGGCAGUGCCAGCAUUGACGAGUUGGCGGAAACGGCCUUGACGUAUCUGACGCAGGCAUUCGAGUCCGCCGCACCGCUGGAGCUUGAACCUGAGAACGACACCUGCGUCGUCUCGGUAGCCAAGGAUUUGAAUGUGCUUGUCACGCUUGAUCGAGAGACCGAACGACUGUAUUUGUACGUGACGCUCCUCAACCACCUGCCUUCUUCUGCUGCCCAACGGAUGCAGCUGUACGAGAUGCUGCUGGAGGGUGCGUUGCUCGGCAAAGACAUGGCUGGGGGCGGUGUCGGAGUGAGCCUAGAGUCGAACCUCGUGCUGAUGAGUAUCUCAGUCAAUCUACGUCAUAGCGCCGCGUCUGCGCUGGCAGACGCGGCGGCACCGUUUGUGAAAGCAGCUCAGGCCUGGACAAAGAGCAUUGACGUUUUGCUCAACACCUGA